AUGCAACCAGGACCAGACUCACUAUCACCGUUGUGGCAAAAGUAUAGUACCGUUUUCUCACCGAAUUCACUGGAUCAUGCUCACGUGUUACAUCAGCGGACUACACCACUUCAGUUUUUGGUCGACCACUUCCGGAAUCAGCUGAUCAAGGAACAGGUUUCAGCCGUACGGAAUUUGGAUUGUGCAAUUGCAUCACCAGGUUCCAUGGCUCAUCCUCAUCUGAUGGAUGGAGACGUACGGCAUCGUUUCAGGUCACGAGUAUCAAAUAUCUCAAUGGAAACCAUGCAUGACUCCGCUACUCAUCAUCAUCUCCCGUCUUUCGUCAGUCCAGACACACCUCAGGUUGACGGGAUGCCCUUCCCGUGUCUUCCAUUACUUCAACAAAUCAACAAAAUCUUUCCUGGUCUCAUACAUCAAACUUCGGCUAAAUCUGUUAUGGGAACGGAGAAAGCUCUUUUUGUGCCACCAAAUCCAAACAUUCUUGGUCACUUAGCUUAUCUUCAUCGUUUGGCCAUGACCGUAUUCAUGCACCAGAACAACCCCGACACAAGCAACACAGGAAUCACAAAUGACAACCACUUCCUGAACCAUUCGUCUACUGUUGAUCUUUCUAUUCCCACAUUAGAUGCCGAUCGAGUCAUGUCUGAUCAAACAGCAAAUGCAUCAUCAUCGUCAUCUACUUCCUCGUCCUCUACAAUAACUCCUACGGCAGCACUAUCAACAAACUCAAUAACAACGGUAUCAAGUGAGAUUGCCUCAAUACGUAUCAAAACAGAUUUACAACCGGGGGAGCAAAACAGCCUAUUUGGGCACCCUGGUACAGGUUUGAACUUAACUGUGGCAUCUUCGAAAUCGCUAGAAGCAAAGGGACAUUUGAUUAGCUCGAGCAAAUCUGGUUUUCCACUAUAUUCCAAGGGAGAUGAUCUACACCGAAAUGACAAUGGUUUGGAACGAAACGCAUUUGGUUAUCCGUUUCCCGAUUUUGAUUCCAUACUGUUACGUCACAGACCUUCAAUUUUGCCUAAUCACGACUUGUGGGCAAGCAGCCUAGGUAAACCAAUCCAUCAAAUGUUACCUGCACCACUCCCCAUUCACCAGGGGAAAAAGUUCGGAUGCAGGGCUAGUGACGGUGCUCUUCCUGCUCAAGAAAACUUGCACGAAUCAACAUUCAAUCUUGUGGAAGCUCCUCGAGUGGUUCGACUGAGCAAUUGCUCUUUGAAACCGAUCGAUCAGUUAACGGUGUCUGAUUUCGUGGCCAGUGCCCUACAUCCAACCGCCAGUGGUCACGCUUCACCGGUCGCAGCAAGUUUGACUGAAGCUUUGUUAAACCAGUGCGGACUGGAACUGAGCUGGGUCAAAUUGGCUCAUAUUCGUGAACGCCCAGGAUCACAGACCAUACGAUUGCUUUUUAACGUUUCGUCUAAAAGACAUCGACUUCCAGUUGGAACAACUGAGCGCAUUCAGGGCAGACACUCCUCUCGGAUGUUAUGGCCUCAGUUCAGUGGGAAAAGCUUCAAAGUGAGUUAUCGCUUGCAUGUAGUCCGAAUUCAAUGA